UCUGAACUUAAAACCGAAGAAUAAUUAUUAAAAAAAUAUCACAUAACGAUAGAAACAAAUAAAUUUAAUAAUGAAAAGAAUAAUGCGAUAUUAAAUAAAGACGACGGUGUUUGAUAAUUAAGAUUUAAUUUUUUUAAACCAGACACGCUAGCUAAAACUCUGCCCUUGAGGUUACUUCCUGUGGAGUCGCUAGUCGGCCAAGGUAAGGCUAGUCCACUGUCAUCUUUUCUAAUAGGUUCCUCCUUGGCUUUUUCUACCACUUGUUGCUCCACGUUUGUAAAUAAUAUUAUAAGUACUCCAACUACAGGUAUUAGGAUCAAAUAAAAAAUAGCGCUAUGCUGAAAGGCCGAAAUUAAAGUAGCCAUUUUAGAAAAUUUUGUGUAUCUUUUCUUUAGAUAAUUUAGAUAUCUUUGAUCUUUUUAAAUUUAGCCAGGGUACGUGCCCUUCCUGGUCACUGUCUCCCACUUUAGCUCCCUCUGCAAACUUAGUCCUCCGCGCUUCGCGACUCCGCCCUCAUUCAAGCUGCUUCGCGUACAGCAGCUAAAAUAGACCUUCGCUCCCACUCAGGCUGCUUUUGGGGACGCUAUGUUCCCUCCAGCCCUGCCUUUUGCGACAGCACCUGGCCGGAAGCUGGGGCAGCGCAGGUUUGCGACCCGCCCGCUCACCACCGCAAGCGGACGGACGCACCGAGUGCGGAGGGGCGCCUGCGGAGCGAAGCAGGUACGAGGGGGGGAUUCUACGGUAUGCUUUAUGCGCUUCGCGACUGUGUAUACAGCGGUCCGAAGGCGGGCAAGGGUAGUAGACGAAGCAGUAAAUUACCUCCUUGGUAGUGCUACCUUAAUUCUUACCUUUCAGGAUUU